AUGGCCUCUCCAUCUUCCUCCCCUCCCGAAACCCGAACGACACCUACCCCCGACCUCCCCUCCUCCCCGGCCCUCCACACCUCCCUCGCCCACCAAAACGCCCAAUACAACGACUGCACCUCCUGCCGCAUCAUGGGCAGCGCCGCGUUCACGGGUCUGGGCUUCUACACCUACUACAGCGGCCGUAAACAAUUACGCGAGCGGGAAGCGGAGUUCUUGAAAGCGGGGAGUCGGUUUGGGGUGAGGGUGAGGAAGAUGAUGAUUUUGGGGAUGAGUAUGGGACUUGUGGGGUUGGGAGCUUGGAGGUUGGUUGAUUGA